GAUGUCUUGGGGCAUUAGGGCUGCUUCUGCUAAUCCUCGGUGGCAUUGUUGUAGGGUUAUUUGAGCCGUUUGUGAAUUCAUUUGUAUAUAAGGAACUUGUCAUCCGCAAUGGGACAGAUGUAUACCAAACAUGGAAACAUCCUCCAGUUGUGCCUCACCUCCGUAUUUACUUCUUCAAUGUCACCAACAAAGAGGAGUUUCUGUCUGGGGAAAAGCCAGUUUUGCAGGAAGUGGGGCCCUAUUGCUACAGAGAACAUUGGGAAAAAGUGAAUGUUGCAUUCCACGACAAUGGCACAGUGUCAUAUGAGACACAGAAGCAUUAUUAUUUUGAAAGAGAAAUUUCAGUUGGAUCUGAAGAUGAUAUCAUCACCACCUUGAACAUUCCCAUGGUGUCAGCAGUAUCUCAAUGGAGAUUUGCCCAAAGGUUGGCUAAAUUAGCCCUUUCCUCGAUGCUAGAGGUGCUGAAUGAAAAACCCUUUGUUACUCACACUGUUGGUGAAUUUAUGUGGGGAUAUGAUGAUCCACUACUCAAGAUAGCCAAAGACAUCAUUCCACCAGACCAGCGGCUACCAUACGAUCAGUUUGGAUUCUUCAUAGAGAAAAAUGGCUCCAAUGAUGGCUUAUUCAAUGUUUUCACCGGAGUACACGACAUGACAAAAUAUACCACUAUUGACACCUUCAACCGUGAGCAAGAACUGUCCUUUUGGAAAACAGAUGAAUGCAAUCAAAUUAAAGGGACUGAUGGGUCCUCUUUCCCACCUGGGGUGACAGAAGAUACUGUUCUCUACAUGUUCAAUGAAAAUUUGUGCCGUUCAAUACCUCUUACCUUCUGGCAUGAUAUUGAAGAAGAUGGUAUACUUGGCAUGAGGUUUUCUCCACCAAUUGAUGUAUUUGCUAAUACAACAGUUAAACCAGAUAAUGACUGUUAUUGUGUUGGAGGACCACCCUGCAUAGGAGGAGGUGUCUUCAACAUAAGCAUAUGCAAAUUUGGUUCCCCUUCAAUAAUAUCCUGGCCACAUUUCUACCAAGCUGACCCAAAAUUCUUGAAUGCAGUUGAUGGUCUCCAGCCAGAUGCAGAAAAACAUGCGAUGUACAUUGAUGUGUCCCCACGCACAGGAUCUCCUCUCAGAGCACAGGCUCGUUUACAAAUAAACAUUGCUAUUCCACAUGUUCCCGAGGUCAAGCCAGCAGCCAGGCUUAGGGAAAUUAUCUUCCCUGUAUUAUGGUUUGAAGAUGGUGUGUCUGAGCUACCAGCAAAUAUUGUCGAGCUACUUCAGUUUGCUGAAAAUGUUCCAGCUGUAGUAAAAUCCAGUUUGCUCAUGGCAUUUUUCAUUAUUGGAGCAAUACUGGUGGUAGCUGUAGGUGUCUCCUUGUUGGCAGAAUACUUCAACUUGCCUAUUCCAUUCUUGAAUCCCAAUUAUUCUAUUGAAACUAUUGAAGGCAAAAUGAACAACACCCCACCAACUCCAACCCAUAAACCUGAGUUAACUGGCCACACUAAUACUAUGGUGUCAGAAAACCCUGACAAUGACUUUGCCUGAUAUCACUGGACAGUCCCAUACAUGAACAGACAGAUAUAUAGUAACAGCCAUUACCCAGCAGGUUAUUCAGCUGGUUAUUAUCCAGAUCAUCUUUACUUGCAUGCACACCACAGACCACAGCCUGGCGUCGCAAGUUCCGUCAGUAGCUCUGGGGUUCCUCAGUGGGCUACUUGGAGGUCACCAUAUCCCAGGUAUCCACAAGAUAGUCAUCAUUAUAUUACAACAUAUCAAUCACAAAAUCAUGGUGUUCAUUUACAUGCCCAGCCUUAUCCUACAUAUCAACGGAGGAUGCAAAUGCUACAUCCUGAUGUCAUUUCAGCUGGUACUGGAAAGUUUCAUGUCAGAAAAAAUAAUUUUUUAAUGUGAGAAGCAAUCUCCAAGAUCUGUUACUAUUUUAAAGAUUUUUAAAUCUUGGAUUUAUUUUUUAUAAUUUUGAUCUGCCAUGUUUGUUCGUGUGUGUGUGUGUGACUGUCCUACUGAUAUAUAAACUUUUCAUAGUGACUGAUGAAUUAUAUGUAUAUUCAGAUGUUGUUUACAAUGUGAGUUAGUUACGAUGUAAAGUCUCAAUUUGAAAUGUUAAUAUUUAGGGUUUUAAUUAUCUGACCAUUUUGCCGUAUAAAUCCAUUAACCAUUGUUUAGUUUUAGACUGUCAAAACUUUUAAGUGGUAAAAGAAUGAAACACACCUCUGCUCGGUUAUUUUCCCAAUAUCUGACGAUCGGUUGAUCAUCUAAAUGUAUUUUUAUAGAAAGUCCUUUUUAAUAGUGUUCUACCAUACUGUGUACUAUGUACAUCUAGAAGAUAUGAAGCAAGGGAGUUCAUUUGCUCUACACAAUCAAUGACAUUAUGUCUAUUUUUCUGUAUAUUUUGGGUGUAAACAUCACAGUUAAAGCUGUGAGUAAAGUAUAUUUUGGAUUUUCAUAAAAUGUAGAUAUUUUUUAUACAGUUAUUAAAUUGAUAAGUUUUA